CUGAGAGCAAGUGAAAGGUCCGGUUGCAGACAGAGAUGAUGUUUGUCCUUCUCAUACUGAUGUUAUCAAGAGUUUCAGAUGGUCAUAAGUAUGUCUGUGAGGUAGGCCUAAUCAAAUCUGCUUCAUGUUUUGGAGUCCAAGGAGAACCUCUUUAUAUACAAUUGAUGCCUGAUGUCACUGGGAAUCGGUUCCUAUUUAAACAAAUAACCCAGCAUGGUGAAAGAGGGAUAUUCAGAUAUAGCAAAAACAAUAUUCUGUUCUCCAAUGAGUCUUUCAGUUCAUCUGUGAAACAGAGAUUGCACUUUACUGCUAUGAAUGGGACUAUAACUAUAAACCCAGCAACAGAAAGAGACUCAGGAACAUAUCGAGUGGAGAUCAUCAGAGAUAAUGAAGGGGAAAGUCUGAAAGAAAUCGCAUUUCAGAUGAUUAUCCACGCUCUAGGUGAACAAAGCCCUGCAACGUCCACUAAUAGGAAUAUAACAUCAGCUUGUCUUAGUGUGAUCCUGCUGUGUGGGGCUGUGGGAGUGCUCUAUGCCUGCAAGAGGAGAACAAACACACACAAACCAGCUGAGACUACUGAACUAGAGAACUCUGUUGUGUCUACCCUGACAAGACCACCAGAACAGGAGAAUGCCGAGAUAAUUGAACUGGAGUACUAUGAUGUGUCUCCACUGUGGAAAAAGCAACCGGAACAAGAAGCAAGUUGCAAAGAGAAGGACCUUGCGGACAAAGUGUAUGCUAAUGUUGGACAUGGAGAGUGAGCGAGGAUUGGUCUCUUCCAUGCAUGAUCCUGCCUCUGCUUUCCUUUAUGUGAAAACCACAUUUUAAAUAUGACCGUGUAAGUUAUUCUGUUGCAGCUUCAUUUUUUAAACAACC